ACUUACUCGUUCUCAGAGUCUAGCCAAACGGCUCGUACCUCGGGUUACAGGACCAGUACUAUAGAAGGUGUUGACGACUCCAACGGAGUAAAUACGCGUGUAAGGGAUCGGUAUCAAGGUAAGGCAGUUCCAAGGUCUCAUGGGAUCAGAGAAGACGAUAUGCGAAGAGAUGCGCAUGUGAAGAGCUCAGACCAGCUAUGGAAGACACCACUGGAAGAAUCAUAUGAGCUCCACACCCGCGUAUCUAUAACCGAUCAAACUAUGUCGUACAUGAACAGGAAAGUACAACCUGAAAGCACAUCUUCCUGA